GCGCGCGGCGGCCGCAGCAGCAACGUCGUCGCUGGUUCUGAGCGGCCGCUUCGCGUUCAGCCUUCUCCCUCCCCGGAACAGCGCGCGGCGGCGGCACCGACCGACACCAGCGCCGGUGCUUCCUUCCGGCCCCGGAGCCUCGCGGCGCAGCAGUAGCAGCGCGAGCCGGCGCGUGGGGAGCAGCAGGACCCGCCUCCCCCCUCCCCCUCCCCGUGCGGUGCGUCUCUCUCCGCGCUGCUGCAGAAACAAAGGAGAGGAGCGGCGGCGGCGCGAGCUCCUCACCGGGCCGGGACUCGCCCCGCUCGCGCCGGGACAGCCAUCCCACCCCUCCCCCGCCGCCUUUGUCUGGCCGCAGCAGAACCGAGCCCUCGCCAGCAGCCCCUUCGAGCAGCACAGAGAUGGCUCAGGAGACAAACCAGACCCCAGGGCCCAUGCUGUGUAGUACCGGAUGUGGAUUUUAUGGGAAUCCUAGGACAAAUGGAAUGUGUUCAGUCUGCUACAAAGAACAUCUUCAGCGACAGCAGAAUAGUGGCAGAAUCAGUCCAAUGGGAACAGUCAGUGGUUCGAACAGUCCUACCUCAGACUCUGCAUCAGUUCAGAGAGUAGAAGCUAGCUUAAACUGUGAAGGUGCUGUGGGCAGCACAUCUGACAAAUUAAGAAAUGUGCCUGUUGCUGCCUUGCCGGUAACACAGCAAAUGACAGAAAUGAGCAUUUCAAGAGAGGAAAAAGUAACACCGAAAACAGAGACAACAGAGCCAGUUGUUACUCAACCAAGUCCAUCGGUAUCUCAACCCAGUACUUCUCAGAAUGAAGAGAGUGCUCCUGAAUUGCCCAAACCAAAGAAGAACAGAUGCUUCAUGUGCAGAAAGAAGGUUGGCCUUACAGGAUUUGACUGCCGAUGUGGAAACUUGUUUUGUGGACUUCACCGUUACUCUGACAAGCACAACUGCCCAUAUGACUACAAAGCAGAAGCUGCAGCUAAAAUCAGGAAAGAAAAUCCAGUUGUUGUGGCUGAAAAAAUCCAGAGAAUAUAAAUUAACCUACUUGUGAAAAGACUGACUUUUUGUUUUUAUUUUAAUAUAUCCUAGGAAAACAUUAAAGAGCAGAUGCAUGGCAUUUUCUUUUGAUGAUCUCCAGCGUUUUACUUUAGUCUUGUCUGUCUUAUUGAUAUUUCAGGAUGUUCGGGUGUUUGUUACAGGCAGAACUGGAUAGUUACAGCCCUUUUAAAAUGUAUAUGCCCUUCCCAGAAUAAAAUUGGAUUAAUUAAGACCUGCACAGGAAGUUAGAAAUGCACAGAGGACAAAUUGUCUAGUUCACAUGUGCCAAACAAAUGUGUAAAAUCUGCAUGUCUGCAGCAGAUCUGCCUUUUGGGUAUGUAAUUGAGGUAUAUCAUCUUUGGCUAGUGUUACAUGCCUGUUUUGGGGUGAAAAGAUACACCAGUAAAAAGUUGGCAGUCUAUUUCUACCAUAAUUAAAUUUUCUCCUAUCUUUAAUUUCCACAAUUCAUUGUUUUGAAGCAGAAUGUGAGCUUACACAGAGGAUCCACCUUACGUAGAGGAGUGUUGGUGCCAUAUUUAAGAUACUGUUAAAGUUGUUUAAUGCAGCAGGAAAAGUGAGAAAUUCUGAGACUUAAAGGGUGUGAAUGAUCCUGGAAAUGACUACAUUAUAUAGUUCAGAACAAUCAGAGCAGGUUCCCAUAGGAAAUGCCCUCUUAGAAACUUGAUGAACUGGCCUGCAACAGAAGGUUUGUCUGCUUUACUCUUGCAUAGCUAAAAAUGUUGUGUAGCACAAUGCAGUAAGAUUUUUAUUUACAAAAGAACAAAAGCUGUUUGUUUUUAGAUUUACCACAGCAGCUCUAUCAAGUAACAGUAUGUUAGCAUCUAAGUUGCAAAUUUAUUUGAGCAGUUUAAUUUUUCAUAUAUUUUCAUGUUGGGUUCAAGAGAAUAUGAGCUUUUUUUAUUUAAUAGUUUUUUAAAUAUGAUAAGAUGGCACCAUUCUGCAUGGAAAACCAUACCCAACAUGGCUGCUGUAGACUUAAGUGGUACCUGGCACCACUCUGAGGGCUGCUUUAUCAUUUUUAAUUGUAUUUGGGUGUAGGACUGUAGUGUUCUUGGGUGUAUUGCAUGGGCUGCAUUAUCUACAGCAUUGUACAAUAACUCUAGAAAAGGCAGUAUACUUCACUGAUGCUUGUCUGGUAAUAUCACUUCUGUGUUAUAAUGGAAGUUUUUUUGUGAUGUAUGAAACUUGUUUUUUAUAUGAACCAGUACAGUUUAGACUAGUGUUGUGAUAAUGCCUGUUCUCAUCUGUAAAUAGUUAUGUACACAAGGCGCUACUUCUGAUUUUUAUUGCAGUAUUCAGUCUUAGUUUUUACUUCACUAUUAAAAGCAUCAGGACUUUUGCUUUAACAUUGUCCUUCAGUUCUGAGUUAUUAGAUAUGCAAAUGUGUACAGAUAGUUCAUAUUUAUGUAUUGCACAUAAUCAUGCUACCCAGCAUCUAUGCUAUGUUGUAUUAUGUAAAUAAUAAAAUCAUGUACAGAAGGAAAUAA